UCAAACCGGUCGAAAUCCCCCAUGUCAUUCGGCAAAAAUGGCAGCACCAUCAUGAGUGUGAUAAGAAUCGUUCAGUGUUGAUAAACCCAGCAAAAGAUGCUUCCUUUCUAACAAAAUGUCCACUUUGGCCAUGCAACAAUUCGUUGCGGGGUUGAAAUCCCGCAACCCCGACAUUCGUCAAAAAACCGCUCGAGAAUUGAGUUUGUAUGUAAAAAGCGAGCUUCGCGAGGCCACCCCCGACGAAAUAACAAACUUCCUCGACGAAUUCAACCACCACAUCUUCGAAAUGGUCUCGAGCAACGACCCUAACGAGAAAAAAGGGGGAAUCCUAGCGAUUGUGUGUUUAAUCGGCGUCGAUUUCGGGAACAUGACGACACGUAUAUCACGUUUCGCCAAUUAUUUACGCAAUUUACUGCCUUCAAGCGACGUGAGCGUCAUGGAAUCGGUGGCAAAGACAAUGGGGCGCUUGGCGCUCGUCUCGGGCUCCAAAGCCUCGGAAUACGUCGAGUUUGAGGUCAAGCGCGCCUUCGAAUGGCUCAGUGGCGACAGGAUUGAAGGGAAGCGACAAGCUGCUGUUCUAGUUCUCAAAGAGUUGGCACUCACAAUGCCGACUUAUUUCUACCAACACGUGUCACAAUUUUUCGAUUUGAUCUUUUUCGCCAUUCAGGACCCCAAAUCGGCCAUCAGGGAGAGCGCCGUUGAGGCUUUGAGGGCCGCUUUGGUCGUCACCGCGCAAAGAGAGACCGCCAAACAGAACCAAAGACCACAAUGGUACAAACAAUGCUACGACGAGUCUGUCAAGAUGCUCUCGGUGGAACGGGGCGAACGCAUGAAAGAGGAACGCGUCCACGGCUUCCUCCUCAUCCUCAACGAACUGGUUCGGUGCUCCAACGCCGAGUGGGAACGCAAAUGCAAAAGUCUCCUCGAACGCACUGACACCAAGCAAACAGUCGAGACUAGUUUCAAUUUCACUAAAUCUCGAUUCGUCUUUUCGGUCUCGCGACGCAUCCCCCAAUACCAAGCUGUGUCUUUAGCGCCGUCUCAAAUCGCCAUUAUAGAAUCGCAAAUUUGUCGACAGCUCGUUUUCGAAAAAUUCGACUACAUUUGCUUGGAUGUUUUGGCUCAGAGACUCUCGCGUUCGUCUCACAUUCAACAGAGUUUCCUCACGAUUUUGCCCCGAUUGGGGGCCUUCGACCGCGAAAAUUUCGUCAAGCAACACUUGAGCCCCGUCAUGAAUCACAUUUUCAACAUCUUGAAGAGUCGCGAGAAGGAAAGAGCGAAGGCUUUUGUGACUAUUGGCUUGAUUGCGAUCGCUGUUGAGAGUGACAUUGAGCCGUACAUUGAACGCAUUAUGGAAAUAAUCCGGAUGUAUUUACCCCGAGUUGACAUUUUGGGGCGCAAGAGGAGCCCUAUCGACUCCUCAAUUUUCAACUGUGUCACGUUUCUAGCUCAUGCCCUCAAAAACCACUCAAAAAUGGACAUACCGAACCUCCUCGAGCCCAUGCUAGCCACUGGACUUACCGCUUCCCUCACUAUAUGUCUCCGGGAGUUAUCCCGAAAAGUCCCGGAACAUAAAGAGAAGAUCAGUGUCGGGUUAUUGAAAAUGUUGAGUUAUAUUCUGUUAAAUAAACCACUGGUACAUCCAGGAAUGCCACGACACUUGACCGGAACCGUGAUGAGUCUCGCAAUCCCCGAAGUCAACGAUGUCCAAAUCAUAGUUUUGGCCCUCAAAACACUCGGAACUUUUGAUUUCGAAGGCCAGAGACUCCUCCCAUUUGUCCAUCGCUGCGCCAAUCAUUUCCUCAUCCACGACAAUAACGAAAUCCGAUUGGAGGCGGUGAGGACUACUUGUCGUCUCCUCCGCCAUGCCAUACACUCCACAGCGAAGAACUCCUCCGAAACUGUCACAAAGACUGUCGCUGCUGUUUUGCAUCGUUUGUUGAGUGUGGGGUUGACCGAUACCGACCCCAAUGUCAGGUAUGGGGUGUUAAUUUCCCUCGAUCGAACGUUUGAUAAUCAUUUAGCACAAGCGGAGUCUCUCAGUGCACUCUUUGUGGCUUUACAAGACGAAAUGUUUGAAAUACGUGAAGUUGCACUCUUCACGAUUGGGAGGUUGAGUGCGAUGAAUCCGGCGUAUGUUAUGCCCUCGUUGAGGAAGACUUUGGUUCAGCUUUUGUCAGAGUUGGAACAUUCGGGAAGCGGCAGGAAUAAGGAACAGGGGGCGAGGAUGCUGGAUCACCUGGUGGUGAGCGCGCCGAGGAUGAUAAGGCCCUACAUGGAACCCAUUUUGAAGGUCUUGGUGCCCAAGCUGCGCGACCCCGAGCCCAACCCUGGCGUGGUCCUCUCGGUCCUCCUCACAAUCGGCGAUUUGGCAGAAGUGAGCAGCGGCGGCACCGAACUCCAAGAAUGGAUGCAAGAACUGAUGGGAAUCUUACUCGAAAUGUUAGGCGACGCCUCCGCCCCCGAAAAACGAGGCGCCGCCUUAUGUACUUUAGGCCAAUUGGUGGGCGUGACCGGUCAUGUGAUCCAACCAUACACCGAAUAUCCAAUACUACUCGACGUCCUCCUCAAUCUUCUCAAAACGGAACAACAAUCGUACAUUCGAAGAGAAACAAUUCGAGUUUUGGGAUUAUUGGGGGCUUUGGAUCCGUACAAACAUAAAAUCAAUCGGGGAGAGAUUGAUUAUUACCCUGAAGCCCCGGUUUUGAUACCGAUGACUGAUAAAGGGGAGGAUUUGAAUGCGGAUUUGACAUCGAGUGAGAUGUUGGUUAAUAUGAGUUCGAGUACUUUGGAGGAGUACUACUUGGCGAUAGCUAUAGCGACUUUGAUGAGGAUUAUUAAGGAUCCAACGCUUGCCCAACACCAUACUAUGGUGGUGCAAGCAGUGACUUUUAUUUUCAAAAGUUUAGGGAUUAAAUGUGUGCCGUAUAUAUCGCAAGUUUUGCCUAGUCUUUUACAUGUUGUGAGGACCGCCGAUGUCAAUUUUAAAGAAUUCCUCUUCCAGCAGUUGGCACAACUGAUUUACAUCGUCAAACAACACAUUCGAAACUAUUUGGACGAUAUUUGUCUUCUUAUUAAAGAAUUCUGGACACCGAAUAGUACGAUUCAAGGGACUUUGAUCCUCUUAGUGGAACACAUAGCUGUCGCUUUGGGGGCCGAAUUUAAGGUUUAUUUACCGAAAAUGUUGCCUCACAUUUUACGCGUUUUAAACCACGAUACGUCUAAGGAACGACUUUACACUAUCAAACUUUUGGAAGCUUUGCAUAAUUUCGGUAACAAUUUAGACGAAUAUAUGCAUCUGAUUUUGCCCCCCAUUGUGCGUUUAUUCGACGCUCAGGAGUGUCCAAUAGUCGUGUCGAAAAAAGCCCUCGAAACUAUCGAUCAAUUGGCCGAAAUUAUCGACUUUUCAGACUUUAUCUCGCGCAUUGUACACCCUUUAGUCCGAACGAUUGAUAAUUGUCCCGAAUUGAGACCCACAGCUAUGGAGACUUUAUGUUCCCUCAUGCAACAAUUAGGUCGAAAAUUUGCAAUUUUUGUACCUCUUGUACAGAAAGUGAUGACUAAACACAAGAUACAACACAGUAAAUUCGAUACUUUAGUUUCGAAAAUACAAAAUGAGACAACACUCGCCGAAGAUGUUGAUUUUCCAAUGCCGAGAUCGAAAACUGGGGGGAAAAACCGAGACCCUGCCAUGCCUGCCGACAGUGGAAUGAUCCAAAGACUCAAAGUGUCCGAAUCUAACCUACAACAGGCCUGGACUCCCGUCCGAAGAGUCUCGAAAGAUGAUUGGUUGGAAUGGUUGAGACGUCUUAGUAUCGAACUAUUAAAACAAUCCCCAAUUCCGGCAUUGCGUUCUUGUUUAACUUUAGCUCAGACGUAUUCACAACUACCACGUGAUUUAUUCAAUGCCGCUUUUGUUAGUUGUUGGUCCGAAUUAAGCGAAAACAUGCAAAAAGAACUCAUUAAUUGUCUCGAACAAGCUUUGACUGUACCCGACGUUCCGGAAAUAACUCAAACAAUUUUGAAUUUGGCUGAAUUUAUGGAGCAUUGCGAUAAGGGGCCUUUGCCCCUCGAUAGCCACAUUUUGGGGCAUCAUGCCAUGCAUUGUCGGGCGUACGCCAAAGCUUUACAUUAUAAAGAAGAGCAGUUUCGAAAGGAGGCGACUAGUCAAGUCGUGGCGGGGGCGAGUAGUCAAGUCGUUGAGGCACUCAUUUCGAUCAAUAAUAAAUUGCAACAGAAGGAAGCAGCUGACGGAUUGUUACAAUAUGUCAUGCAGAGGGAGAUGCAAGUACAGGUCAGGUGGUACGAAAAGUUGCACAAUUGGGAGAAGGCUUUGAGGUUGUAUACUGAGAAGUUGGAAGUGGAUGAGAUGGAUCAAGAGGCUUGUUUGGGGAAGAUGAGAUGUCUCGAAGCCUUGGGCGAAUGGGACGAAUUACACCAAGUCGUCGAGAAAAAUUUCACUUUAUUAAAUGACGAUAGUAAACAGAAGGCUAGUCGGUUGGCAGCAGCGGCCUCUUUCGGUUUACACGAUUACAGAUCGAUGGAAACAUACGUCAAUGUUAUUCCGCGAGAUACCCAAGAGGGGGCUUUCUACCGUGCGAUUUUAGCAAUACAUAAAGAAGAUUACGAAAUGGCCCAGAGAUUUAUCGACUCGGCCCGCGAUUUGCUCGAUAAUGAGUUAACCGCAAUGGCCGGUGAGUCCUACCAAAGGGCUUACGGGGCCAUGGUCAUGGUACAAAUGUUAUCCGAGUUGGAAGAAGUCAUGCAGUAUCGGUUAGUGCCGGAAAGGAGGCCCACCUUAAAGGCCAUGUGGUGGCAAAGACUCCAAUCGGGUCACAAACUAGUUGAAGACUGGCAAAGAAUCAUUCAAGUCCACUCUUUGGUCUUGACACCACAAGAAGAUAAAAGAACAUGGGUGAAAUAUGCGGCAUUGUGUCGCAAGAGCGGUUCAUUGAUGCUAUCGCAAAAAACCCUAGUCAUGUUAUUGGGUUACGACCCGAACGAACGCCCCGAUGCCCCCUUGCCCAAAAACCAACCACAUGUCACUCUAGCCUACGCGAAACAUUUAUGGGUGGCACAGGAAAAACAAAAAGCUUUCCAAAAACUGUCACAAUUCGUCGCUGACUAUUCGCAAACCGAACCAAUCGAUGAUGUGACAAUUGACGAGAAAAAGAGACUCUUGGCGAGAUGUUAUCUCAAAUUGGGGGCUUGGCAUGAGGCACUUGAAGGCAUUAAUGAAACUUCCAUACCUUUCAUUUUGAAAUGUUACAAACAAGCCACCGAACAUGAUCCUCAAUGGUACAAAGCGUGGCAUGCGUGGGCUUACAUGAACUUUGAAACGGUGUUGUAUUACCCGAGACAGGAAGACAAAACCCAUUAUACGGUUUUAGCCGUUCAGGGAUUUUUCAAGUCGAUUAAUUUAUCAAAAGGGAGUUCAUUGCAAGACACUUUACGUUUGUUGACACUUUGGUUCGAUUAUGGUGAUUGGCCGGAAGUUUACGAUGCGAUUGUUGAAGGCAUCCGAUUGGUUGAGAAAAACACGUGGCUUCAAGUGAUUCCCCAAUUAAUUGCGAGAAUUGACACGACGGCGCUAGUGUCGAAAUUAAUCAAUCACCUAUUGGUGGAUAUUGGAAAAACGCAUCCACAAGCCCUAGUGUACCCUUUAACCGUUGCGACUAAAAGUAAUUCAAUUAGACGUAGGAAUGCAGCGAAUAGUAUUUUAAAAUCGAUGAGUGAGCAUUCCCCUACGUUGGUAAGUCAGGCUAUGAUGGCGUCCGAGGAACUGAUUCGUGUGGCAAUUUUGUGGCACGAAAUAUGGCACGAAGGGCUUGAAGAAGCCUCAAGAUUGUAUUUUGGGGAACGUAAUGUCAAGGGAAUGCUACGGAUUCUCGAACCGUUACAUGCGAUGAUGGAAAGGGGACCCCAAACGUUGAAAGAGACGAGUUUUAAUCAGACUUACGGGAGGGAUUUGAAUGAGGCGCAAGAUUGGUGUCAAAGAUACAAGCUUUCGAGCAACAUACGAGACUUGAACCAAGCUUGGGACCUGUAUUACCACGUAUUUCGCCGUAUUUCCCGUCAAUUACCCCAACUCACCUCUCUCGAAUUGCAAUACGUAUCGCCCAAUUUACUGGUAUGUCAAGACUUAGAGUUGGCCGUGCCUGGUAGUUACUGUCCAGGGCAGCCAAUCGUACGUAUUGCCAACUUUAAUCGUUCACUAGAAGUCAUCACGUCGAAACAACGGCCCCGCAAACUGGUCAUUCGUGGCAGCAACGGCAAAGACUACAUGUUUCUUCUCAAAGGUCACGAGGAUUUAAGACAGGACGAACGCGUUAUGCAAUUGUUUGGUUUAGUUAAUACUUUAUUAAUGAAAGAUCCUGAUACGUUUAGACGCAAUUUGACAAUACAGCGAUACGCGGUGAUUCCCCUGAGCACGAAUUCGGGUUUGAUUGGGUGGUUACCCCACUGUGAUACUCUCCACACGUUAAUCCGUGAUUACAGAGACAAGAAAAAGAUUUUGUUGAAUAUAGAGCACAGGAUUAUGUUGCGGAUGGCCCCUGAUUACGACCAUUUAACUGUGAUGCAAAAAAUGGAGGUUUUUGAGCAUGCCCUUGAGCACACACAUGGUGACGAUUUGGCGAAGUUAUUGUGGCUGAAGAGCCCCUCGUCUGAGGUUUGGUUCGACCGAAGGACUAAUUACACGCGAUCGUUAGCUGUGAUGUCAAUGGUGGGGUAUAUUUUGGGCUUGGGGGAUCGCCACCCUUCGAAUUUAAUGUUGGACAGACUGAGUGGUAAAAUCCUGCAUAUAGACUUCGGGGAUUGUUUCGAAGUGGCAAUGACAAGGGAGAAAUUCCCGGAGAAAAUCCCUUUCCGGUUGACUAGAAUGCUGAUAAACGCCAUGGAGGUGACAGGGAUUGAAGGGACCUACCGGAGGACUUGUGAGUCAGUCAUGUCGAUGUUGCACAGGAAUAAAGACAGUCUAAUGGCGGUUCUCGAAGCUUUCGUUUACGAUCCCUUGCUUAAUUGGAGAUUGAUGGAUAUCGAGGUGCGAAAUUUGCCGAUGAAUAGCGAUUCCAUGUCGACGAGUUGUUCCCAAAAACAGGGCUCGUCCGAAUCGUUGAAUGUCCCCAAAAGAGAGAUGAUAAUGGAGGAUAAUGAGCCGCAACACGAAGUGAAUGCCAGAGCUGUUAUUAUCAUAAAUCGGGUCAGGGAUAAACUAACCGGGAAUGAUUUUGCAACCGAGGAAUCUUUGACUAUUCCCAAACAAGUCGAUUUGUUAAUACAACAAGCGACGAGUAACGAGAAUUUGUCGCAGUGCUACAUAGGCUGGUGCCCGUUUUGGUAACUUGUUGACUGCUGUAUCUACUAACGUGAUAGUUUUUGUUGUGUAUCUUAUUAUUUUUUUAUAAUCUAGUUCAAAAUAAAUCAAAUAUUACAAG